UCAGAUUUUGGGUUCAGUAAUAUCUUCACGCCUGGUCAGCUGCUUAAAACCUGGUGUGGGAGCCCUCCCUAUGCUGCUCCAGAGCUCUUUGAAGGAAAGGAGUACGAUGGGCCAAAGGUUGACAUUUGGAGUCUCGGCGUGGUGCUGUACGUGCUGGUCUGCGGCGCUCUGCCCUUCGACGGGAGCACGCUGCAGAACCUGCGGGCGAGGGUGCUCAGUGGGAAAUUUCGCAUUCCAUUUUUCAUGUCCACAGAAUGUGAACACCUGAUCCGCCACAUGCUGGUCUUGGACCCGAGCAAGCGGCUCUCCAUGGAGCAGAUCUGCAAACACAAGUGGAUGAAGCUUGGGGAGGCCGACGCGGAGUUUGACAGGCUGAUAGCAGAGUGUCAGCACCUGAAGACGGAGAGGCAGAUGGAGCCGCUGAACGAGGACGUGUUGCUGGCAAUGGCGGACAUGGGGCUGGACAAGGAACGCACAGUUCAGUCAUUAAGAGCCGAUGCUUAUGAUCACUACAGUGCAAUCUACAGCCUGCUCUGCGACCGUCUGAAGAGACACAAGAAUCUGCGCAUUGCGGCAUCUCCAAGUAUACCACGGACCGUGACCUUCCCCACCUCUGCUAACAUCCAGACAGAACAGACGGGCAAUACCGUGAGCAUCAAUGUGCCGCAAGUCCAGCUCAUCAACCCUGAAAACCAGAUUGUGGAGACUGACGGGACAAUGAACUUGGACAGUGAUGAAGGGGAAGAGCCGUCGCCUGAAGCGCUGGUCCGUUACCUCUCCAUGAGAAGGCACACAGUUGGAGUAGCUGACCCACGGACGGAAGUCAUGGAAGAUCUGCAGAAGCUCCUGCCCGGCUUCCCCCGUGUCACUCCUCAGGCUCCGUUCCUGCAGGUGACCCCCAACGUGAACUUCAUGCACAACGUGCUGCCUCGGCAGAACCUGCAGCCCACGGGCCAGCUGGAGUACAAGGAGCAGUCCCUGCUGCAGCCCCCCACCCUGCAGCUGCUGAAUGGCAUGGGCCCUCUGGGGCGGAGGGCAUCAGAUGGCGGGGCCAACAUCCAGCUACACGCGCAGCAGCUGCUGAAACGUCCUCGAGGUCCGUCUCCGCUCGUCACUAUGACGCCGGCUGUCCCCGCGGUCACCCCCGUGGAUGAGGAGAGCUCCGACGGGGAGCCAGAUCAGGAAGCUGUGCAGAGUAUUUCCCAGCUUCGCGACUGCGGUUCAUCCGCCCGGCCGCGAUACCGGGAAGGUGGCCCUGAAGAAGCCCCGUCCAGAUUGUGUGUUAACUUGUUCUCCACCCCCUUCUGUUGCAACAUGUUAGUAGUCGUCAGAGGAGAAGG